UCUGCUGGGGGGAGGAGGAUGAGGGGGCGCCGCGGCGGCGUUUGUGGUGCAGCCGCGCUCGUCUGACCGGGCCCCGCGGUCCCCGCCGCUUCCUCGGUGCCGCCCUCUGUCCCCCCCGCGUCGCGCCGCGCCGCGCCGCGCCGCGCCGCCGCCCGGGGCGGGGGAGUCGCAGAGAGUGGAUGCCUAGCAGGCACCCACGGGGCAGAGACCAGCGGACGCCAUGGGCUGCUGCAGCUCUGCCGCGCAGAGUUCCAAGCGAGAGUGGAAGCCUUUGGAAGACCACAGCUGUACAGAUGUACCAUGGCUGCUCUUAUUCAUCCUCUUCUGCAUAGGAAUGGGUUUUAUCUGUGGCUUUUCAAUAGCUACAGGAGCAGCUGCAAGACUGCUUUCAGGAUAUGACAGUUACGGAAAUAUUUGUGGACAGAAAAAUGUCAAGGUAGAGGGAAUAGUCAACAGUGGUCUGGACCUCACACACAAGAAGUAUGUAUUCUUCUUGGAUCCAUGCAACAUUGAUCUAGUACAUCAGAAGAUUAAGUCUAUUGCCUUGUGUGUAUCAGCUUGCCCAAGGAAAGAAUUGAAAACUCUGGCUGAUAUACAGAAGUUUGCAGAAACUAAUGGAUCCACUCUGUGUAGCUAUGAACUACAGCCAUCAGAAUAUACAACAGACCCAAGGGCUGCCAAGUUAUGUCCUAAAUAUCCUGUUCCAGAGAGUGCACCUAUUCCAUUCUUCCAUCGCUGUGCUCCUGUGAACAUUUCCUGCUAUGCCAAGUUUGCAGAGGCCCUGAUCACCUUUGUCAGUGACAGUAGUGUCUUACACAGGCUGAUUAGUGGAGUUAUGACCAGCAAAGAGAUUAUAAUGGGACUUUGCUUGUUAUCACUAGUGUUGUCCAUGAUUUUGAUGGUUAUAAUAAGGUACAUUUCAAGAGUACUUGUCUGGAUUUUAACAAUUCUUGUCAUUCUGGGAUCACUUGGUGGUACUGGAGUCCUGUGGUGGCUCUAUGCUAAACAACGAAUGUCCGCUGGUGCUCUUGAGACCCAAAUAGCCAAAGACAAUCUUCAGGCUCUCUUGAUCUAUGCCAUUGCAGCUACAGUCUUCACGGUUGUCUUGUUCUUGAUCAUGUUAAUUAUGCGCAAAAGAGUAGCUCUCACCAUUGCCUUGUUCCACGUAGCUGGCAAGGUCUUCAUUCACCUGCCACUGUUAGUCUUCCAGCCAUUUUGGACAUUCUUUGUGCUUAUCCUCUUCUGGACAUACUGGAUCACUGUCCUGCUUUUUCUUGGUACUACAGGUAGUCCUGUCCCAAAUGAAGAAGGAUUUGUUGAAUUUCGGAUGGCAGGUCCUUUGAAAUACAUGUGGUGGUACCACGUAGUGGGACUCAUCUGGAUCAGCGAGUUUAUCCUAGCCUGUCAGCAGAUGACAGUAGCAGGGGCUGUUGUAACAUACUAUUUUACAAGGGAGAAAAGAAAUCUGCCAUUUACUCCUAUUCUGGCAUCUGUUAAUCGCCUUGUUUGUUACCACCUAGGAACAGUAGCAAAAGGGUCUUUCAUUAUCACACUAGUGAAGAUACCACGAAUGAUUCUUAUGUAUAUUCAUACACAACUCAAAGGAAAGGAAAAUGCUUGUGCUCGCUGUAUGCUUAAAGCGUGCAUUUGCUGCCUUUGGUGUCUAGAGAAGUGCCUGACAUAUUUAAAUCAGAAUGCGUAUACAGCCACAGCUAUCAACAGCACCAAUUUCUGCACCUCAGCAAAGGAUGCCUUUGUUAUCCUAGUGGAAAAUGCUUUGCGAGUGGCUGCCAUAAACACAGUUGGGGAUUUUAUGCUGUUUCUAGGAAAGGUCCUGAUUGUCUGCAGCACAGGUUUGGCUGGCAUUAUGUUGCUGAAUUACCAACGAGAUUACACCAUCUGGGUGCUGCCACUCAUCAUUGUCUGCCUCUUUGCAUUCCUGGUUGCUCACUGCUUCCUUUCCAUUUAUGAAAUGGUUGUUGAUGUCCUAUUCUUAUGUUUUGCCGUCGAUACAAAAUACAAUGAUGGGAGCCCUGGCAGGGAAUUCUACAUGGAUAAAGUUCUCAUGGAGUUUGUGGAGAACAGUAAGAAAUCUAUGAAAGAAGCUGGCCGGGGAGGUGGAGCUGAGGGCAGAGAGCUAAAACCAAUGUCUGUUCAGGUCAGCUGUCCUGGCUGUGUGUCCUCUCAUCCUUUUGCCUAACCCCAGACGACUGCGGGGGUCAUAGAGUGGAAAAUAGAGAAGGCCUUGACCCUGUGCAAGCGCUGCUCAGUAGCAGGUAAAGCUUUGUGUUAGCAGCACUGUUGCAGAUCUAAAACAUAGCAUCUUGCAGGUUGCUGACCGUCCAGUCUAACCCAGUACACAGGCCCACCUACCCAGCAAUUAAUCCAAGACUUGCUCCCUGCAUUUCUGUACAGCAUCUUCUCAGGGUGGUUACUUCUUUUCUAAAAGGGCUUUUUUUGCAGCAGGCAAUUAGCCUGCUCCACAGUGCUCCCUUUCAUGGAGGGAGCAGGGGAUGUUAGCUCUUACUCUUUCAGCACAUAAUGGGGAUAUAAAGCAAAAAUGAGCCCUUUCUGUAUCAGUGUUCUGGCAAUUGAGCAGCCAGUGUUGGAAACAAUAUACUUAAUGUGCCCUCAGGGCAUGCACUUUAGUGGUUUGCUCUUGAGUGGUUAUGAUGUAUUCUAUGAAUGUAUGUUAUGGAGUCAGAAUAAAAUGCAUGUAGCAGACAUAUACUCAUCACCAUCUAGUGAGCAUUUAGUUCAGAAUGCAUAUUACAUGCUAUAUUGAAUAUGGCACAGUCGUUUUAAGAAACAGUUUUAAGAUUUAUAAGUAGAUACCUUACAGCAUUCCCGUUUUUAAAAUCAUGGCUUGGCCUGUGCAGAUACCAUUUACUAAAUCUAACUAUCACUAGCCCAUUGUUUCCUGAACAGCUUGUGUCACAUUAUCAACACAGAAAUUCUAUUUCAUCUUUGUGAAAAAACCAAAAAGACGACAAAACAACUCUCGUGUUUCCCAAUACAAAACCCAGCAGGCUUAUCUGAAGCAUUUCUUACCCUCAGCUUCUUUGUUGGGAUGAUGAAAGUUUACUUUAAAUAUUUCAUUUUCAAAUGCUCUUCCAACUAUUUAGUCUCUGCUGUUAUUUCCACCAUGUAACAAAAUUAUGGAGACUAGUAAAUCUGUAUUUCUUGUGUUCUGUAGCAAAUACUGUUUUCAAGGUAUUUUUUUCUUUUAUAUUUAAAGACAUGAGAGAAAAGAUGAAACUCAUCUCCUGUGAUGAGGGUUAUGUAUAAAAGGCAAAAUUUCUGGUCUGGGAUGGAGCUGUGAUGAGUCUUGCAAUCUGAUACAAUCAAGCCAAAGCUCCUCAGAGACCAGGAUUAUGAAAAUAUUUCUAAAGAGAACUGGUAGCAUGAAUUGAUCUGAAAAUACCCAUUUGAGGGUUAAAUUAUCUGGCAUUCAUUGGAAAGACAUCUGUUAAAAUGAAACUAGCAGAAAACCAGCAAAUGCCUAUCAGAUUCUACUCCCCUGUCUUACUGAGUUCAAGUCAUCAUAUUUAUAUGAUGACCAGAAUUGGUGUUAUAAGCAUUUGGUACUUCUCUACAGAAACUCCCUUUAGAACCAAGGUUCCGAGAAUUCAGAGUAAAAGUACCAGCUGACUUUAACAGAACUAGCCUAAUUUCAGUUAUGUUAAAGACAGCUAUGGCCUCUCUAAGUAUGUGAUUUAUAAGCAGAUACCUAACAGCAUUCCUGUUUUAUGCUGGCAGCAUAGGUGGAUACCAUUCCUUAAGUGUACCACCUCUCCUCUUUGGGUUAGUGGGAAUUAGGGGCAGGUUAUUUCAAAAAGUUAUGGUGAAAUUAGGAAACUGACUAGUUUUGAAACCCAGCAGAAGUUGUGCAUUGACUGGAGUUCCUGCUAUAAACAUGUUUUUUAACUCAAAUACCAUGUGUCCUCCAUGCUAGUAUUAGUUGGGUCCCUCCCUGCUGCUCAGACUGAAACAGGAGAGUAUCUCUCAUUUGAAAAACAGCAGCACCAACAAUCUUAUAAUGUCUCCCAGGGGAGUGAGGGAAGAAAAAACAGAAAGGUGGUUUUAUUUCUAAUGUAGGACAGAAAAGCUGCCAGAAGUUAGGUGGAGCCGUGAAGAGCAGAUAAAAAAUAUUCCACAGGAUCUUCACAGUAGUUAAGAAAAUUCACAUUCCAAUUCAGACAUUUCACAGCAACAUCUCCCGUGUCCCACUUUAAUUUUACUCUGGAGCUCUUCAGAGCAAAAUGAAAGUGGAAUACUAUCCCUAUAGAAAAUAAUUAUUUCUAUAUAAUGAAUUGUGUUGCUGAUUACAGAAACUACUGUAAGGAAAAAGGAAAAUCUUCUGAACAGAUUUUAAAGGCUUGACAGUACUUGCAUUGUCAUAGUCCGUCAAAGCUUCAUCUGGAAACGAAUUUUUCAUCCUCCUUUACUCAUACUUCUAACAGGGCAAUCAAACCCCUGGACUGGCUUAGUGAUUUACAUUGAAUCAAGAUCAACUAACAAGUGCUCCUUUUUCCAGUGGAAUGCCACCUCCUUUGAGAAUGGGAAAAGUAAAUGUGACACUGUUCAUUGUUGUCUUGAGAACUUAAACUAUUUUAUACUGCAAGCUGUGAAUGCAGGAAGAGAAAAGAAAUUAACAGUGCUGAUCUAAUCUUAGAUUUUCUGUGUAAACUGACAUUGUGCCAGGAUACUGAUGCAAAACUGUAUUUUAGUCUAAGAAAUGUAUAGAUUUUUUAAUGUAUCAAAAUAAAGUUUUCCUUUUAAGUAAG